CAAACAGUCACGAGAAAAGGCAACGCUUCAAUCCACUAUAUUAAUACCUGCCCCGAGAAUUAUAAACUAUCUCAUUAAAUAAUCCAAAAUGGUCUUCUUCCAGCGCAACCUUUACACUCCCGAGAGCUCUUUCACUCCUCUCUUCCGUCUGCUUGACGAUUUUGACAAUUACUCCCGUCAAGGCAGUGGCGCACAACAUGCUAGUCAUCGCGCAGUCGCACACUGGCAGCCCAAAUUUGAUGUCCGCGAAACGGGAGAGGCUUACGAGCUACACGGCGAACUCCCUGGCUUGAACAAGCAAGACGUUCACAUCGAAUUCACCGAUCCUCAAACCCUACACAUCAGAGGAAAAGUUGAGCGCACUUACACAGCUGGUACUCCUCCUACCGAUGCUAUAGAGGAUGCUUCAAUGAGUGGCGCAAUUACCGAGUCUGCAGAGCAAGAACGCCCCAAGUCUCCUCAUCAAGCCACCGUCGAAGAUGAGCUAGAAGAUGGAGCGACUACGAAUACCACCACUGCUGCCUCCGAAAUUGAGGUUGCCAAGGCUGCGCCAACCAAGCAGAAACCUACCGACACUGCCAAAUACUGGCUCAGUGAGCGCAGUGUUGGGGAAUUUUCUCGCACCUUCAAUUUCCCUACUCGACUCAACCAGGACGGUGUGACAGCCAGCUUCAAAGACGGCAUCCUUAACGUUGUCGUCCCUAAGGCGGCUAAGCACGAACCUCGUCGCAUCGCAGUGUUCUAAAUAAACUUCUCAGAAAACCAUGUUUGUUUAAUUUCUUCUCAUCUCUUUUUUUUUUCUAUCCCUACCCAAAUUCAAGCAUAUUUUGGGCUAUUUCACUCUUUCUCUCUUUGUUUUAUGAAAGAACGACAAUCGCAUGCACGGGGCGUUUGGAAUUGAGUUUGUGGAGCAGAUACAUAUACCUUUCUUCACUAUCAGGGUAGCAGAUAUAAUGGCAAAUCGGGCAUUAGCGGUGUUGAUGAGAUAGAAAAUUUUAUUGUUCUAUAUUCAUAACCUUAUAUUUAAUAAAAAGACAAUA